AUGGAUACAGGGAGUGCGAGCAUAAAGGACUAUGAGACCGUGUUAACGGAUAUUGAGGAUUCUAUUGCUGUGAGCAGCGAAGAAGUGCUAAAUAACCAAGAACUAAGGCUCAAAAAUACAUUGCACGAAAUUACUUCCAGCAUUCUGGCAAUAAAUGAAGAGAACAAGUUUGUGAAUCCUCUUAGGAACGAUGAGAGCUUAGACGUAGAGGGAAAGGAGGUCUUUGUAAAUCCAAAAAUUCUGAGUGCAAAAAUCAAGGAGUUCAAUAAACUAAUGGAGUUACUUAAGUUGACUUACUUGGAACAGGAGACAUUGGACUAUUUCUUCAGGUUUACUUUGUCCUCGACGAAACCUUUGCAGUUAGAUUCCGAAAAAGACCCCCAAUUUGUAAAACUUAAUGAAAGAGUUAAUGAUUUAAAGGAAGAAAUUUCGAAUGUUCAAGAAAGCAAAAUAGAACAAAUCAAAGCUGAAAUCCAAGAGACCGGUCACAACUUUGCAGAAAGGCAAGAUUUAAUAAAUGAGUUGUAUCUGGAAGCCACUGGUGAUAUUGAAAAUUGUUGGGAUUCGCUCAAUGAACUAAAAAAUUUAACAAACAAAGAAGAUAAGAAUAUGAUGGGAGAAAAAGAUACGAUAUUAAAUUCAAGUGAUUCAGAUGAUUUUGUGGAAGAGACAUACACGAAUUGGCAAAAACUACUAUUUUUGCAGAAGCAAAAUCAAAGGUUAACGAAAGAGCUCAAGGAAAUGCAUGAAGUUAAAAAUCAAAUAAUACGAAAAGGAGAGCAAUCAAAAAAAGAGGAUUCUGGACAUUUAAUGGCCAAUGAAUCAGAAUUAUGUCAGUCAAUUAAUUUGCUAACAAAAUUUUGGGAAAAGCACUUUUUACUCAAAGGGUCAAAGACGACUAUAUUAAAUUUUGAAAUCUUUACCCAGCUUGGAAAAGUACAAUUUGAAAUAAAGGAUAUGCAAUAUAUAAUUGCCAUAUCUUUAAGCGAUUUAAAAAGGCCAAUGAUAAAAGACAUUACUAUUUUACAAAAAGCGGGUGGCAAUAUAGUCACAGACAUUGAAGCGAGCAGUAAAUUUAACAAUAAGUACAGAAAUAAUACUAAGGUGCAAAUCUUUGAGGUAAUGGAUGACAUUAUAAGCGAGCUAACAAACGAAUAA